AUGAAGGGGGGAAGCGUGCGGGUGGACGUCGUGCAGGCGGCGUGGGAUAGGGUGACGCUUGCGUGGGCGUACGCGGAUACGAGGGUCGUAGAGCCGCCACGCAUCUAUGUUGAUCAUGUACAAAGAAACGAUCUGGUGUACGACGCCUGGGGAGGAGAGGGGCGCGUCGCGAUUCACGGCCUCGCGCCGGGCGAGCAUACCCUGAGCGUGCGGCACGAGGCGGGCGCCGUCGCGGUGCACCUCGUGCGAGGACGCGGCGAUGGGGGAGAGCGUGAGCGUGCCUCGCUCGAGGCGCCGGCCGCGGCCGCCGACGAGCCGUCGGCCGCCGAACUCGCGCGUGAAAUCGCGACGCUGCGCAAGUCCAUGGCGCGGCAGUCGGCGCACGAGCAGCGGCAGCGCGCGCGCCUUGCGGGAAUGCAGAGCAAGCUAAAGGAGCUGCAGUGCCGCGGCGAGCAGGCCGCUGCCGAGACCGCCGCGCUCGAGCAAGAGACGGCCGCUGCCGAGGCGGCUGCCGCGCACGCCGAGGCCGCGCUCGAGACGCACCAGCAGCGCCUUGCCGCCGCCGAGGCGCAGGAGGAGCGUGCGGCGGCCGCGCAUGCCGAGAUCCUGCUGCAGCACAAGCACGCCGCGUCGCUCGCGAUCGCCGAGCUGCGUGCGCUGCACGCCGAGCGCGAAGCCCUCCAAAACGAGAUUCGCGCACGCCGCGAGCUCCUGCCGGGCUCGCCGCGCCUGCCGAGCUCGAUGCAUGCACUGCACCGCCGCGCGGAUAGCUACCACGGCAAUCUGCGCACCUCGCCGCAGCUCGACGAUACGUGGGCGCCGCUGCGGCGGCCGCAGCGGGCGUCGGUCGAUUUAUCGCGAGGGCGCGAGAGCCCGUUCAAGUUCCCUGUAGCGCCGCGUGAUGGCGAAUGA